AUGGGAAGUUUGGAGGAAGAUGAGUUGGUGCAAAUGGUGCAAGAUUUUAUAGAAUCCGAAUCAACAUCCCCCACAAGUUCCACUUCCUCAAAUUGCCACACCUUAAACCACAGAACCCAAUAUUUUAUUCUACAGGAUAUUCUGAGGAGUGAGGGUGAUACAGCACCUGAGGCUAAGGUGUUGAAGUGUGUAUUGAAGCACAUGAGAGGUAGAAAGGGUGCAGAGAAAACAACAAGUCUCAGUAGAUGGCUUGUUAUGAGGAUGAAAAUGGAUGGCCUUAAUGCUUCUAUAUGCCACACGUCUUGGGCCACCUCUUUGGGUUGUCCUGCUGGUGAAUACGAGUAUAUUGAGGUGAUACUAGAGGAUGAGGAUUAUGCCAAACCUUUGAGGGUCAUAGUAGAUAUAGAUUUCAGGUCUCAAUUUGAAGUUGCGAGGCCUACACAGCAGUACAAAGAGUUGACAGACUCGGUCCCAGUCAUUUUUGUUGGGAGUGAGAACAAGCUCUGCAACAUAAUUUCCCUGCUAUGUUCUGCUGCCAAACAGUGCCUUAGGGAGAAGGGUCUCCACGUGCCACCAUGGAGAACGGCUUCAUACAUGCAAGCCAAGUGGCUCUCUGUGAAUCGUAAAGACCCUAACCAUUCAGGUGAUGGAAGAGAAAGUUAUGUGGCAUCAAACGGUGAUGUCAUAGGUGAUGAAGUACAUGCUGAUAUUAUUGGUAACUGGGUACCUCCAUUGCUGAAGCCAAAGAAAAGGGAUUUGGGUGGUGGAUCUGGUUUGUCGAAUCAAUUAUCUAACAUGAGUGUAAAUUAUUGUUGCUAG